UCGGCCGCGCGAGGACAACGGAUCGCUGACGCGACGACAUGGGCAACUCCGCGCUGAAGAGGCACUACGAGAACGCGGAGAAGACCGCCACCCUGAAGCUGUCGCAGUGCAAGCUGGACAAGUUCUCGCGGAAGCUCUACGACCUGGCGCCGACGCUGCGCACCCUGGAUUUAUCCGAGAACAACUUCGCGACGCUACCGAACGAGAUCGGCGACUUUACGCAGCUGAAGCAGCUAAACUUCAGUCAGAAUCGACUGACCGCCCUGCCCGGCACCUUGGGCGCGCUUGAGAAGCUCGAGGGCCUGAACUGCGCCGCGAAUCAGAUCAAAUCGAUCCCGUCGUCGCUGGCGAACCUGAGCCACCUGAAGCAGGUCAACCUAUCCGACAAUCAGAUCUCCGACUUUCCGCUGGUGUUCUGCGGUCUCCGGCACCUGGACGUCCUGGAUUUGUCCAGGAAUCGGCUCACGAUCGUGCCGGACGCCGCCGCGGGCCUCUACGUGAUCGAGCUCAACCUCAAUCAGAAUCAGAUCGCCACCCUCUCCGAGAAGCUGGCGGAGUGCCCGCGACUGAAAACGCUACGACUGGAGGAGAACUGCCUGCAGCUGAGCUCGGUGCCCCUCAAGCUCCUUAAGGACUCGAAGGUCUCGGUGCUGGCGCUCGAGGGAAAUCUGUUCGAGAUGAAGCAGUUUGCGAACCUGGACGGCUACGACACCUACAUGGAACGCUACACGGCGGUCAAGAAGAAGAUGUUUUAAACGCUUCCAUGUUGAAAAGAAUAAUGUUCGUGUUAUACGUACGAAAUUGUUUGGCGGAUCUAUAUUAAAGUUACCAACGUGUCGAGAGAGCAGCGUCGAGAAAAAAACAUAGAUUUAAUUACUCGAGCAUUUUUGUGUCGUUGAUUGUGAGAACGAACAGCCGGCGUAGAGACAUAUUUAAGAGAAAUUAAGAAUGUUUUUACAUUUAUAUAAGAUUUACAAGAUUCUAUACAAUUUGGAAAUGUUUUCUUUCUGGUAUUUACUCGUGGUUGUAAGUCAAAUUUUUUAAGAGAUAAAUCAUUGUAGCGUCUCUAACCGCGAGUCAAUUUAUACUGUUUAUAAAUUGUAAUCUAGGAAUAAAAACGUUGAUUUCUUUUCCGAUAAACGUUUAUGACCAAAGUAUUAAAUCAUGAUAUUUGAUUACUGAUAUUCAAAAGAAUAAUAUAUUUAAAUUAUUAUUCUCUAUUAUUUUAUUCUCUUGUUUGAUCAAAGUCUGAAUAUUUGCACCCAUAAAUAUAGCCACUUUAAGAUAUUUCAAUGUACAAAAUACUAAAAAAAAAUGUUUUGUUUAUUAUAAUAAUGUUGGAAUAAUAAUGAUCAUGGAUAAUCAUAUGCGCCGCUAUGUACGACAUUCAAAGAAUUGUACAUACUACAUGUCACAAAAUACGUUUUACCUCAAAUAAGAGAUUGCUUCAUAAAAUUAAGAUUUAAUUGAUUUUUAAGUCAAUAAAAUAAAAAUUACCUGUUAUGUUGAGGAAAUAGAAAUUAUUUCGGCAAAAUGCACAAUUUGUGUACUUUAAAUACAUAUUCAUUUUGGAUGUAUUUAAAUACUUUUUUUAAUGCGAUUUUUAAAUGCAUUUUUGAUUUUACGGAAUUUUUCAAAAUAAGCUGGACGUGGCAUUUAAAGUAUGAUUUAAAGUACGAUAAAUCGAGAUAAAGAUUUAAUAUGCGAAAAAAUAUGCGCUUUCGAAUUUUCACCACAUUCCUGCCGAAUAUUAAUUGUAAUUCGAUAGACUUUGAAACGAAAUUAACACUAAAAUGAAACUGAAAUUAGAUUAAAGCAAUGCAACGCUUUUGUGCUCAUCAUACAUUGAUGAGCACAAAAUUUGACACAUUGUUUUUUUAUAAUUUAAAUACACAGCCCAUAUCUUUGAUAAUUUAUAUCGAAUAACAUGGUUACAUUUAAAAAGUAUUUGAAGAAAUAUAAUAAGUAUUUCUUGCAUAAUAAGAUUUUCUUUAAUAAUUGAAUCGCAUAAUAUUACAAAUGUUGAUUAUUAAUAAUUGUAUAACUUUUAUACAAAUACAUUCCGUGUCAUAUUCACACGAAUAUAAUAAGUUCGUUGAAUCUUCUUACGGUCAACUGCGUAUUAACCUUCGAGCGAGCUAAUGAUUGUAAGAAUUCUUGAAAUUACAAAUUGCGCAGGACGAGACAUUUAUCGAUGAAAUUGCAUUGCACUCGGCAUUUUCAUAUUUAUUUGUCCUGAAUAAUAUGUAUAUUACAUUAUUUAUCUUUAAUGGAAAAUAUGUAAUUGCGCUCACACAUUUCUUCGUUAAAAUAUUACAAUUUUGCGAUAUUUUACGUAUAUUCUACUAAUAGCACUCGUAGCAUUUUCUUAAAUUUAAUACAAGUUUAAUUAGAAUUAUUUAAAAUUUCUUCUCUUUCCAUAUUUCUAAUUAUUUUGAAUUUUUAAUAUAUUGUACAUUCGCCCCAACUUUUUUGCGUGAAACAUUAGAACGGAUUAUUAUAGUAAGAUGUUAAAAUAAAAUAACUUUAUUAA